GUUAAAAACCCGCGAAAAUAGCAUUUUCCAGUCAGCCCUCUUUCCCUCAACUCUGACCACAGCCCAACGAACCACCACACCAGCCAUGGCAACCACCCUCGCCACCGACGUCCGUCUCUCCAUCGCACACCAGACCCGCUUCGCCCUCCGCCUCGCUUCCGCCAUCUCCUCCAACCCCGAGCGUGCUGCCGGCAAUGUCGCCUUCUCUCCGCUCUCCCUGCACGUCGCACUCAGUCUCAUCACCGCUGGCGCGGGCGGCGCCACCCGUGACCAGCUCGUCGCCAUACUCGGAGAUGGGGGUGCAGGUGACGCCAAGGAACUGAACGCGCUCGCGGAGCAGGUGGUGCAAUUUGUGCUCGCCAAUGAGUCCAGCACCGGUGGCCCGCGCAUCGCCUUCGCCAACGGCAUCUUUGUCGAUGCGUCGCUCUCGCUCAAGCCUUCCUUCGAGGAGCUCGCUGUGUGCCAGUACAAGGCCAAGACACAGUCCGUGGAUUUCCAGCAUAAGACUCUAGAAGCUGUUGGUCAAGUGAACUCAUGGGUAGAGCAAGUCACCACAGGUCUCAUCAAACAGAUCCUUCCUCCAGGAUCUGUUGACAAUACUACAAAACUGGUCCUUGGUAAUGCUCUUUAUUUCAAAGGGGCCUGGGAUCAAAAGUUUGAUGAAUCAAAUACAAAAUGUGACAGUUUCCACCUUCUUGACGGGAGCUCAAUUCAAACACAAUUCAUGUCCAGUACAAAGAAGCAAUACAUUUCCUCUUCCGACAACUUGAAGGUACUUAAGCUUCCUUACGCGAAGGGUCAUGACAAGAGGCAGUUUUCCAUGUACAUUCUUCUUCCUGGAGCACAAGAUGGUCUCUGGAGUUUGGCCAAGCGGUUGAGCACUGAACCGGAGUUCAUCGAGAACCAUAUCCCAAAGCAGACGGUUGAAGUUGGUCGGUUCCAGCUCCCCAAGUUCAAGAUAUCAUAUCAAUUUGAAGCAUCUAGCUUGCUCAGAGCUUUGGGUCUCCAAUUGCCAUUUAGCGAAGAGGCUGAUCUGUCAGAGAUGGUGGAUUCUUCGCAAGGGCUGGAAAUCUCACAUGUCUUCCACAAGUCGUUUGUCGAAGUGAACGAAGAAGGAACUGAGGCUGGCGCAGCUACAGUUGCAAUGGGCGUGGCCAUGUCAAUGCCCCUGAAGGUGGAUUUGGUGGAUUUUGUCGCGAAUCACCCUUUCCUCUUCCUUAUUCGGGAAGACAUUGCCGGUGUGGUGGUCUUCGUAGGUCAUGUGACCAAUCCCCUCAUAUCUGCAUAAUGUGCUUGCUAUGAAUCUGCUGUCCUGGGAGUGACCUCUUCUAUAUCAUUUAGAGUAAAACAUGUAAUAAGUGGAUGGUUUCAACAUCUGACCAUGAUGCCCAUGUAAUAAAUACAAUAAAUGCUCAUGUUCCUUUUAUAA